GGAAAAAGGUGUCAAACUAACUCCAUGAUUGACAGCUCUUUAAACCAAACGUAGGGGGCGGGCUUUAGGGUAGGACCUGUUUCCGGAACCAACCACACACACAUACACACACACGUGUGUGGAGAAAAAAAAGCUGGCUAUUAAUGCACGCUCGUGCUCUUCUGAAUAUCAUCACGAGAAGUGUGCGUCAAACUUGGGUCCGCUUAGAGUAUCUGCAAAGUGUUUGCUGUGAGAUCAGACGUGCUUCCCAGGCCAACAACUAUUUACUGCCUCAGCUCCACAAACGCUCAGCUCUGAUGGCGGAGUCUGAGCCAGCGCCUGUCCCCGUCCAGAUUGGAGAAAAGAGAGGCUGUCCAGAGGAUGAAGAGGAAGACAAGCCUUCAAAGAAACUCAGAGUUGUGAAGGAUGGAGGCCCUCCCGAGCAAGAAGAGGAGGAGGAGCCCGAGGGCGAAGCAGUUGAUGGAGAGGAGGAGGGUGACACGUUUGCCAAUAUGAUGAAGCAUGGCCUCACUGAGUUGGAUGUGGGAAUCCUGAAAUAUGUCAGCAGCCAUGAGGGCUUCUCAGGAAUCCUUAAGGAAAGAUAUUCUGAUUUUGUGGUGCAUGAAAUCAACAAACAAGGCAAGAUUGUGCAUUUAGAUGACCUCUCUAUCCCUGCAGAGUCUGAGGAAGUCCCAGACCCUCCAGCUGAGGAAUCUGACGUGCUGACAGAAGAGCAGAAGAAGCAGCUUGGGGAGCUGCAGCUCUUCAAGAAUAAAGAGGACAAUGUCUCUAUUGAGGUGAUUGAUGAUACUAAAGAGAAGCGGACACUGCUCCACAAAGCCAUUAAGACUCAGUUUGCUGGUCUGGAGACAAAGACAGAAGAGAAGGAUGGACGCAAGUUCAUCGUGGCCUACCACGCGGCUGGGAAGACAGCUCUAGCAGCUCCAAGGAAACACUUCUGGCCUAAAAACCGUGGCAAUUUCUGUCACUUUGUCCUGUACAAAGAGAACAAGGACACCAUGGAUGCCAUCAAUGUGCUUUCAAAGUUCCUCAGGCUUAGACCUAACAUGUUUUCCUACAUGGGAACCAAGGACAAGAGAGCCAUCACUGUGCAGGAGAUCGCAGUGCACAAGAUCACUGCAGAGAGGCUGGCUCACCUCAACAAGUGCCUCAUGAACCUCAAGCUGGGAAACUUCUGCUACAAAAACCAUCCUCUCAAGCUGGGAGAGCUGCAGGGAAACCACUUCACUGUGGUCAUCAGGAACAUCUCAGGGACAGGUGAGCAGGUCAACCAGGCCAUGACAUCCCUCAGGCAGACCGGCUUCAUCAACUAUUACGGCAUGCAGCGAUUUGGCACCACAGCUGUGCCGACACAACAGGUUGGCAGGGCUAUUUUGAAAAAUAACUGGAAGGAGGUUGUGGAUUUAAUUCUGAAGCCUCGCCCCGGAGCGGAGAAAGAAUUCCUGGUCCGUUGCAGGGAGGAGUGGGCAAAGACUCAGGACCCAGAGGCAGCCCUGAAAAAGCUGCCCAACAAGCGCUGUGUGGAGGGCCAGCUGCUGCGGGGCCUGUCUAUGUACGGCAAGAAGGACAUCGUCACUGCUUUUGGACUGAUCCCUCGUAACAACCGUCUGAUGUACAUCCACAGCUACCAGAGCGUGGUGUGGAACACCAUGGUGAGCCGGAGAAUCGAGGCCUUCGGUCUGAAGGCUGUGGAGGGCGAUCUGGUGCUCAAAGGAACCACAGCCCACGUGCUGUCUGCAGAGGAGGCUGAGAGCUGCCCCAUCCAUGACGUUGUGAUGCCGCUCCCUGGGUUCGAUGUCAUCUACCCCUCUCACCACGUGGGUAAAGGUUACAGAGAGCUGCUCACUGCAGACGGCCUGGACAUCGACAACAUGAGACACAAAGUGAGGGACUACUCUCUGGCUGGAGCCUACAGACGCAUCAUCAUCAGACCCAGUGACGUCAGCUGGGAGUUGAUUCAGUAUGACGACCCCAGGCUCUCCCUGGUGCACAGUGAUUUCGAAAAACUGGAGAACAAACCAGCUCCUGUUUUCAACAAAGAGGGGAAGUAUCAGGCGCUGCGGAUGGAGUUCUCCCUGCCUCCCUCCACCUAUGCUACCAUGGCAAUCAGAGAGGUCCUCAAGUUGGACACGAGCAUCAAGAAACAGACGCAGCUCAACACCACCUGGUUCAACUGAAACAUAACCCACUCUGGCACAUACUGGACUGCUGCUGCAGGCUGCAAAGCACCUGUCUACUAUGGCUACUUACAUUUGUGAGUGUUUUUAACUGUAUUAUGUGUGCGAGAGAGAACGACUGGGUUCUGUAUGAACCAAAAGGUUAUUUCUUUGAAGUACAAAGAGCAAUGAUAUAUAUCAUUAUUCAACUUUUUUUAAGUGUUUCUGUGCUGCAAUGAUUCAGCACAUUUUGACAAGUAGACUUUAUGCUUUUAGGGAGCUGUCUCACACAGUAAUCCAUGGUGCACACGGUGCUCAGCAUGCCCUCUUUGUACAGAAAUAUGAGGGUUUUUUUGUUUUUUAACUUUGAGCUGACUGUGUGAAUUGAAAACGCUCUUGAAGAGAGAUAUUAAAAAUGUUGAGUUUA